AUGGCUACCCCUAGCGUUCUAGUCUUUGAUGCUGAGGGUCGGGCUGUUGACUUUGAGGUCUGGGUCGAUGAUUUACAGCAUUUCCUACAGUGCAAUAGGAAGGACGGUCUCUCACUAAUCGAUCUCACGUCUGGCGCCUCUGUUGCCCCUGCUGCCGAUGCUGACAGCACUGUUCGCUCACAGUGGGCCACACGCGAUGCUGUUGCCCAUCUUGCUGUGCGUAGUCACUUACCAUCCACUGAGCGCGCGCACUUUAGUCAGUACAAGUGUGCGAAGACCUUGGACCACUUCCUCUCUGUUUGCCCCACCACACUCACCGUUGACCUCCUCGAGGGGCGCCUCCUGGCAGCUGAGAAGAGUAUAGUCGCUGUAGGAGCCUCUCGUGGUGACCCUCGUGCCCCCUUCUUUGAGGGGUGCUCCCCCUCUACCCUUUUGCCCUCUGUUGCCUCUGCUGCUGCCGUCGACUUCGUUGGCACCGAGUCGCGGGGUGGGGGUACUGGUCCUUGUGCCUACGUCCUCCGUACCGGCGACCACACUGGUGAGCCGUGCGGUGGCCCGCACACCACCCAGCGCUACUUUGGCCGCCUGACGGACGCUUGGCGUCUCCAGUUCCCUGACGCCACUGAGAUCCCCCGCUGGGGCGAGCUGCUUAGGUCGGGGGUUGCUAUCUUUGAUCUAGAUUAUGAUGCCAUUCUUGCUGCCAUGUAUGUUGUGUCUACUAAUGAUGAGGGUGACUGUUACCUCUGUGUUCCGCCUGACCCGGGCAUUGAGGCUGCUGCUCUAGGUGCUGGUGAGGCUGCUGCUCUAGGUGCUGGUGAGGCUGCUGCUCUCGGUGCUAGUGUGUGA